UGCCUGUGGACUCGUGUAAAACAAAAUGGCGGACGAGAUGUGAAAAAUGGUGUGAUACAAACACUGGUGAAUUAACACUCCAAAAUGGAAAAGAUCCAAGGGACAGCGGAUGGUUCUUUGUACCGCGAUUUACCCUACAAUAUCAAGCAUAAUAAAGAAAAACUAGGUCUUGAGUCACUCAACUGCUCUGCCAAAGACUUUGUGGAGUCAUUCCUUGAACAGUCAAUCAAAAGAAAUGCUAAAAAAGAAGAAAUCAACGAAACACUUCAGCGCAAGCCCCUUAUGCUGGACAGCGUCACAAGGAGAAAGACAAAGAGGCAUAGAGUUAAGAUGUCUGCAAGAGAAAAGAAAGAAAGAGGAAUUUAUGACUUAAGCAAAGGAGAACACAAAUAUAUCAUGUAUUUACCAUUGCAUAAGCUAUGGAMAGACUACAUACAGCAAGCUUUGAAUCUAAAUGAUAACAGUAAUAUCAAGGAUGUGACAACAAGAUUACUUAAAGUAGAUUAYCAUGGCUGUCUUAUAACAGUUUGCAGAUCAAAGUGUCCAUCUUAYAUUGGAACUACUGGGAUUAUCUUACAAGAAACUAAAAAUACUUUAAAGAUUAUAACCAAGGAAGAUAAGAUUAAAGUAAUACCAAAGGCAAAUAAUGUGUUCUCCUUUGAAGUGAACAACUUUGUGUUCAAGAUAUAUGGCAACCAUUUUAAAUUCAAAGGGAGUGAGAGAUCAACAAAGAAGUUCAAAGUCAAGCCAACAAUAGAUUUAUAAUACAAAAAAA